UUUUACCUUUCUUUCUUUCAGGGGGACAAAUUACAGUCGGCUACAGUAGAAGCAGCAGCAGCAGCAGCGGUGGAGAGCGAGGCAGCAGUUCAUUCACCACACCUGUGAUGCGUUGUUCCGAGCAACGAAGACGCACGAGCGGGAUACUGAUGGCCACGCUACGGCACGGGGAGAUGUGCUGAGGGCGGGGGGGGGGAAAGGACUUGGGCGUAGUGAAGUGCAUCAGAGGACACUCUCCGGACCUUAAAAACAAGCCCAGUAUUUCGCCUGCCUUUUCAAACUUAAGUGAUAACAAACAGAGAACCACAAGAAGAUGUCCUUACUUCGGGGCCCCUUUGUCCGCGCUGCGCUCCUCGUGCUCGUGUUUGCUGGCUUCACCUGCACUGAUGGUUCCGAGCACGCCGCCACCGCCACGCUUCCCGCCGCCUUCUCGGACCUGUUACCUCACUUCCUGGUGGAACCGGAGGACGAGUUCAUCGUGAAGAACAAGCCGGUGACGCUGACCUGCCGCUCCACGCCGGCCACGCAGAUCUACUUCAAGUGCAACGGCGAGUGGGUCCACCAGGACGACCACCUGAUCGAGCGGACCGUCGACCCGGCGACAGCGCUGCCGGUCAUGCAGGUGACGAUCGACAUCACGAGGCAGCAGGUGGAGAAGAUCUUCGGUCUGGACGAGUACUGGUGUCAGUGUGUGGCCUGGAGCACGACGGGCACCCAGAAGAGCCAAAAAGCAUACAUCAGGAUCGCUUACCUGAGAAAGAACUUUGAGGAGGAGCCGCAGGGGAAGGAGGUGGCAUUGGACCAGGAGGUGUUACUGCACUGCCAUCCCCCCGAGGGAGUGCCACAAGCCGAGGUGGAGUGGCAGAGAAACGAGGAUGUGAUCGACCCGGCCAGCGACCCCAAUUUUUUCAUCACGGCUGACCAUAAUCUCGUCAUCAAAAAAGCCCGGCUGGCGGACACGGGCAACUACACGUGCGUGGCUAAAAACAUUGUCGCACGCCGCAAAAGCACCUCGGCCACGGUCCUGGUCUACGUCAACGGCGGCUGGUCCACGUGGACCACCUGGUCGUCCUGCAGCGCCGUGUGUGGGCGUGGCUGGCAGAAGAGGAGUCGGAGCUGCACCAACCCCACGCCACUGAAUGGAGGCACAUCGUGUGAGGGGCAGAACGUCCAGAAAAGUGCCUGUGUGGCCACCUGUCCAGUAGACGGAGGCUGGAGCGAGUGGAGCAAGUGGUCGGCGUGCGGUGCGGACUGUUCGAUGUGGAGGAGCAGGGACUGCACCCAGCCCUCACCCGGCACCGGGGGCAAAGAGUGUCAAGGGCUUGACUUCCAGUCUCUUAACUGCACCAGCGAACAGUGCCCACAGACCGUGAGUGGGGCCGAGGACGUGGCGCUGUACGUGGGCAUGGUGGCGGUGGCCCUGUGUCUGACUCUGCUGCUCAUCGUGGUCGUCCUGGUCUACCGGCGCAAGAAGGAGGGCCUGGACGCCGACGUGGCCGACUCCUCCAUCCUCACCACUGGCUUCCAGCCCAUGGGCAUCAAGCCCAGCAAGCCAGAGAACUCCCACUUGCUCACCAUCCAGCCGGACCUGACCACCACGACCACCAGUUACCAGGGGAGCCUGCGCUCCCGCCACGACGCCGCGGGGAAGUUCUCCAUGACCAACGGGCCCCUGCUGGACCCGCUGCCCAACGGCUCGCACACCCUGCACAACGGCAAGCUGAACCCGGACCCCGCCGAGUUCGUGACCAGGCUGUCCACGCAGAGCUACUUCAAAACGCUGCCCCGCGACGUGGCCAACACUUCCUACGGGACCUUCAACUUCCUCGGCGGGAGGCUGACGAUCCCAAACACAGGAAUCAGUCUGCUCAUUCCUCCCGAGGCCAUCCCCAGAGGAAAGAUCUAUGAGAUUUAUCUCACUGUGCAGAGGAAGGAAGAUUUAAGGUUGCCCCUGGCGGGCUGCCAGACCCUGCUCAGCCCCGUGGUGAGUUGUGGCCCUCCCGGGGUGGUCCUGAGCCGGCCGGUUAUCCUCAGCAUGGACCACUGCUUCGACGCAUGCCUGGAUAACUGGGCCGUCCGCCUCAAGAAGCAGAGCUACGAGGGCGCCUGGGAGGACGUCCUGCUGAUGGGGGAGGAGCUGGUGUCGGAGCCUUAUUACUGCCAGCUUGAGACGGAGACGUGCCGGUUGUUCUCGGAGCAGCUGGGCACGUUCGCCCUGGUGGGAGAGUCCCUGCACAUGGGCGCAGCCAAGCGCCUCCGCCUGGUGCUCUUCUCAGACACCUACUGCUCCACGCUGGAGUACAACAUCAGGGUGUACUGCAUGGACGACACGCAGGACGUCUUCAAGGAGGUGAUGCAGAUGGAGCGGCAGCUCGGGGGUCGCCUGAUCGACGAGCCGCACGUCCUGCUCUUCAAAGACAGCUACCACAACCUGCGCCUGUCCAUCCACGACAUGCCGCAGGCGCACUGGAGGAGCAAGCUGCUCGCCGGCUACCAGGAGAUCCCCUUCUACCACAUCUGGAACGGCUCCCAGCGGUACCUCCACUGCACGUUCACUCUGGAGCGGCUCAGCCUCAGCACCUGCGAGCUCACCUGCCAGCUGUGCGUGUGGCAGGUGGAGGGGGAGGGCCAGAGCUUUAGUCUCGACUUUAACAUUGCCAAGGACACCCGGGCGGUGGACUCAGAGUUCCUGCUAAUGGACAGUAAUGCCACGGCUCUGGCGGGGCCCAGCGCCUUUCAGAUCCCGUACCUCAUCAGGCAGAAGAUCUGCAGCAGCCUGGACGCCCCCUGUCCCAACGGAGCUGAUUGGAGAAUGCUAGCACAAAGACUUAAACUGGAGAGACACAUGAGCUUUUUUGCAUCCAAAGCGAGCCCAACCUCUGUGAUCCUGGACCUGUGGGAGGCGCAACAUUUCCACAGCGGCAACAUCAACCAGCUGGCCACCGUCAUGGCUGACAUUGGCAAGCAGGAAGCCAUGAUAUUCCUGGUCUCCGACGGCGAGUGCUAACCCAGAAACGGAGGGGGGAAGAGACUUGGUGCAGAGGAAAACAUGCAGAACACAAACACGGGCACGCAGAUCCACACACACACACACACACACACACACACACACACACACACACACACACACACACACACACACACACACACACACACACACACACUAAACAACGGUAACUGCAGCAGGAGCAGAGGAGUCCCACUUCUUCAGUAAAAGGUUCAUGUCAGACUGAGUUUAGUCAAACAGUGAAAAAAACAAAAUCGUUUAAAUGACCAAAUGAGCAGAAAGUCCAGAUUGGCUGUCAGGAAAUGUGUUCAAACAAACUCAGUGGAGAAAAUACCCUUUAUUUUCCAUCAAAGAUUAAUGAAGUCCUCAAUUUAUUAUAAAGACAAAACGUCUAAUUACCAUCACGCCUUUUUUUUUUUAUUCAAACAGGCCACUAAAGCCUAAUGAGGAGCAAUAUGCAAAUGUAAUGUUAUCACUAAUGGCCACUACUGCAAAUUCAGCAAAUAAUUUUUGAAACUCAGAUUAUAGGGGGAGGAAAAAAAUACAAUAAACGUGAAAUAAAAGCGACGUGGAGGAAAGUGUCAGUCGUUUCAGGUUAAAGUGAGCAGGUGACAUAUGCAAAUAGACGGUUUGUUACAUAACAGCACGCCAGACGCUCCGCACGGCGCCGCCGAGUGUCACACAUGUCAUUAUCUGUUUAACACAGAGAGGCUCGUAGCACAUGUUGGACCUGCAGGUUUAUAGCAGACUGUAUGUCGAAGCCCAUUGAAGGAGGGAAGAAGAAGAAGGAAAAAAAAAAAGGAAGAAAAAAAAAAAAGCCCACCUCGCUUAAUCUGUGUUUUUCAGUUCAGCUUGUAUCACUGCUGUGAAUGUAACAUCUGGAUUCCGUGAGACGCUUCGUAGCUUUAACUGCUUCUGAAUCAAUAUAUGUGAGAUUUGAACUUUUUUUUUCUUUCUUUUUUAACGGGAGAGAGUGAGACAUUAGCUGAAGUCAUAUCUCAAGAGCCAUUUCUAUUUAAAAGCCUACAAUUUUGAUCCAUCGAGUUUAUUCCGCGUCUCGCGUCACCCCAGUCGUUGAUGGUGGCAUUUUUCAGUUGGAGCUAAUGAAGGAGCCAUAGGGCCGAAAGGCGUUCCCGCUGCAUAUAUGUGAACACUGAAUGUCAUCGAAACUCAUUUUCUAAAAUGCCAUUUUCCCCUUGAUUACAUUAAUUUCCGAGCAUAACAACGGGGCCAAAAGGGUUAUUAUCCCGUAUGAAUAAUGCAGAGUGCUUUUUUUCUCACAGAAAUCCUGAUAACAAAUUCUUCAAAAUCUUCAAAAGAUUACUCAUGUUGAGAGGGUAAAAGUGCCGCUUUGUUUAUAUUAUUCAUAAAGCGACGGUGGUGGGAAUUCUAUAUUUGCUGUGCGGCAAACAGUAUUUCCACAUCAGAGGAAAGCUCGUCUCUCGGAGUUAAGUGUGGCUUAUUCAUAAUGUCGCCCCUCUGCUCGCCGAGGAUGUUUUGAAAGGGUUUCCUUUUCUGUUGUUUCCUGCCAGGAUGGCAUAAAAAAAAAUAAAUAAAUAAAAACAAUAUAUCCAGCAGAUCCGUGCAGCAUCUUUAAAACUGCAACUUCACACAUGACUUUUUUUUUUUCUUCUUAGUUCAUCUACGUGGUGAUAUUUUUAGUGACGUACCUGUCAGAUCCAGGAAGUGGUCCAGCGAGUUACUUCAUGAACAGUGUGAGCAAUCCCAAACUAGCCAUAGUUCUCUCUGUGUCUGCCUCAGGGUUGCAUGUGAAGUCGUUCGUUCGAAGUUGUGAAGAAAGUCCGGCUCGUUAGCUGAAGGGGAUUUUAUUACGCUGCUCUCUGCUUUUGGUGUUCGAACACUAAAAAGAUGAUAAGUUUUCCAGGUUUUUUUUUCCAUGAAAUGAUGUCAGACUGCAGAUUUCCUCUUGUGAUCAUUGGCAGCAAACCUGCCAACACAAUGAAGCUGGUGUCAAAUUACAGAGAGAAGGGGAGUUGGAGCAAAGCUGGAAAACACGCCGAAAACUCAGCCUGAUAGAUCCUCUUUAGAAUCCAUCCGACAAGCGUUCAUGGUUUCAGCCCUUUCGGUUUUAAAGGAGCCUCUUUUAUGAUUGUCAGAUAUUUGGAAUGUACAUUUCUGUUUCCUCGGAGUCGAAGGAAGAGUUUGUCGUGUGCGUCUUUUGUUUUUGAACCGAGUGGUUUGGUAUUUACGUGGCACCUCAGCCCCGGUUAGCUCCCGGAGCCUAACCUGAUGAACACGCCUGCCCCUCCACAAAUAACCCGUCACUCUUUUAUAUAGAGACGCCAUGAAAAGAGAGUUAUCUUUAUAUCCAUUUAAAAUAAAUAAAUAAAUAAAUAAAAAAUCUUUGGAUCAAUCCCAAUUCAGCUAAAAGUGAUGAUUCCACCUUAAAAUGGAUCUUUUCAUGUUGAAACGAGCGUCACGUGAACUGUGUAAAUACUUUUUCUACCCCAGCCGUGUGCUGUCACUUUGCAUACUGUAUAUCAGCAGAGUUGGUAACCAAAGUUUUCUGAGUAUGGUUUGAGGCCACCGCACCCUCCUCACCUUGUGUCCAUCCAGCUCUCCUUUCACCACUCUUUCUACUCUCAGCUAGUACAGAACAAGUCUCUGUCUUUUUGAAAAUAAAAUAAAAUAAAACGGUGGACUUCACGUCCCGAUCACCACUUUCUCUCUCUCUUUUUUUUUUAUUUUUCUUUCGUCGGUGAGGCAAGUUGAUGCUGUCUGUUCCAGCAGUAAUACGUGUCGGUUAAUUUUAUCACUUUGUAAACAAAUGUAAAUUAUAUUUUAAUAUGAAGCCAAAAAAAAAAAAAAGAAAAAGAGACA